GAACCCGGAAGUGAGCGGAGGGGGUUCAUCUCCUCCUCCUGCUGCUGCUGCUGCUCUUUGGCGGCGGUGAUGCUAAACAGUGAAGUCGCAGGUCCGCUGCACCAGGAAUGGAUUUAGAAGAAGCUUUUCAAGUUGUCGGCGAAUUUGGACCGUACCAGAAGCGAGCCGUAGCCGUUCUUGUCCUGACCCAGGUGUACAUGGCCUGUCAGUCCAUGCUGAUCGUCCUGGUUGGAUAUACACCUGAGUAUCGGGUCGAGCCGCAGGACGGCGUCCCAUCCAACCAGCAGGAGCAUCCACAACGCGUCACCUUCACGGAAGACAUCGACUCCAUAGUGACCGAGUGGUUUCUGAUCAGGCAGCAGGCCUACAAGGUGAGUCUCGCCGGCUCGCUGUUCUUCGCCGGGCUUCUGGUCGGGAACAUUUUCUUUGGACCCCUCUCCGACAAGAUCGGCAGGAGGCCCGUCUACCUGACAGGUCUGUUUUUCGAGGUGGUCUUCGGUUACGUGACCGCCAUGGCGCCGAGCUACGAGGUCUUUGCGGCGUCGCGUCUCCUGGUGGGGCUGAUGAACGGCGGCAUCGGCCUCGUCUGCUUCGUCCUCACGCAGGAGUACGUGGGCCGGUCGUACUGGGCCAUGACCGGGACGCUGACCAGCAUGACGUUCGCCGUCGGCAUCGCCCUCUUCGGAGCGCUGGGAUACUUCAUCCAGCCGUGGAGGAACCUGGCCACGGCGGCCAACUCGUCCGGCGUCCUCUUCUUCCUGCUCUCUGUGACUCUCCCAGAGUCUCCUCGCUGGCUGUAUUCUAAAGGAAAGACGGAGCGAGCCGAAGAGGUCCUGCGCUACAUGGCGCUGAGAAACGGCAACGCUGCCAAGAACCUCACGCUCCAGCGCGUCGGCGCCGCCGCCAAGGCCGGCCGUAACCACGACAACGGGGACGCCGGCGUCCUGCACCUGGCGCUCCACCCGGUCCUCCGCCUGCGCACCAUGGUCCUCAUGUACGUCUGGUACGCCUGCAGCCUGGUGUACUACGGUCUGACUCUGGGUGCAGGCGAGACGUCCGGUAGCCGCUACGCUAACGUGGCUAUGUACGGGCUGGUGGAGCUGCCGGCCUACCCGCUCUGCAUGUACUUCAUCAACAAACACUGGGCCGGGAGGAGGAGAAGCAUGGCCAGUUUCCUGUGCCUUGCCGGCUUUGCCUGCCUCUGCACCAUGUUCAUCCCCGAGGACACGGGGACUCUGGUGAACGUUACGUCUCUGGCUCUUCUGGGAAAACUGUUGGUCAGUGCAGCAUUCAACAUCGCCUACGUCUACACGUCUGAGCUUUACCCAACGGUUAUCAGAAAUGCUGGUUUGGGAGUUUGUUCCAUGUCGUGCAGAGUGGGAGGAAUCCUUGCACCUUUCGUUCCUUCCAUGCGGGCGCUUCAUACCUCGAUGCCCUUCACCGUGUUCUGUCUGAGCGGACUGUCGGCCGGGUGUCUGGGCCUCCUCCUCCCAGAAACCCUCAACAAACCUGCAGCAGAGACUCUGGAGGAGAUCGGCAGCUCCACGCGCAGCCGGGUUCUGGAGAGCAAGGCUCUUUUGUAUGAAGACGACGAAUGAAGCUCAAACCACGACUGAAGCUUCGUCUUCACUGACGUCCACUCCUCGUUCCUCCUGGAGACGCUGCCUCAGAAAGGCGACCUCUGUCUCCUCGUUAAUCUCGAAGGACCGACCUCCACAGGUUCUCUUCACAUUCCAGCGAGGCUCGACCAGAACUCCGCCUCCGGGACCAGAACCAGAAUCGUGUCCGGACUCAAAUCGCUCUCCUUGUAUUUUGGAAGCCACUCAGCGGAAGCUCUGUGGUGUUUGUGUCCUUAUCUGGAGUCAGACCGGAUAAAAGACGACUUUACAUUCCAGUGAGUUUGACUUCACAUCUGUAUCUUUAAUCAAGUAAACAUUCCUCAAAAUGUGUUUUAGGAGCAGGAAGGUGUCAGAGAUGAGUCUUGACCACUCUGUUCUGAUCAAACCAGCACAAUACAAACAUAUAACCAGGGAACGGCGUAAACCUGCUUCUUUCUGGGAUUUAUCUGCAAAAUGCGUUUUCUUUUUUUUUUUCUUGUAAAACGUCACAGUUUUACAAGGUUGUAUAGAUAAAUGUAUCAGCUUUUAGUUGCACAUAACUGUGUAAAGGGUCACGUUGCUCUAAUCAGCUUUAACGGACGUAGUUCACGGUUUUUAAAUGGAAACAUUUCCUGUUUAAUUCGUAUUUUCUUACAGAUUGUUUACAGAUUGGAAUCUCAUUGUCUUUUGAUAGUAAUUACGAUAAGAAAUUAUUUUUAUCACAUCAACGUUGGGGGUCAGAGUGUAGUGACUGUUUAUUGAUCUUAAAGGGCCAGUGUCUCAGGUCUAGUGACUCCUAGUGGUGAGAUUGUGUAUUACAAAAACAAAUAAUAGACAUAGAGGCCUCAUGAUUCCUUAUUUCAGCUGCUAUUCCAGUGAGUAAAUCAUACAAACGUUAAAGUUGACAGUGACUAAGCUCUAAAUAAGUGUUUAUUCAGAAGUUUCUGUAACGUUUAUUAGUUUUUCACAGGUUUCAUGUGGGUUUGAAAUUAUUGAGUUGUGGGAUGUUUUGCAUCAUUUCUCUUUUUCAAUCCCACAACUAAUUUUAGAAAACAGGAAGGGGCUUGGUUUGUCGUCUGUCUAAAACCUAGAGGUGUGGGUUAGAUAAUCAGUUUAUGUGCAGAUUAAUAAAGACAAAAACUGUUUUACAAAUCAUUUUAUCAAACUGCCAGCGGCUGCAGCAUCCUCAGCCCAUCCUAGUGAAACCUCUCUGCAUACUGUGCCUUCUCAUGUCGCCUCUACAGAUGUAAAACAAAACUAUUUUUUACUCCACAGAUGUAAAAUGAAUGUACAGAAAUAAUACCUGUGUUUAAAUUAUUUAUUUAUGGAAGUGAGAAAUAAACAUCCUCUUGUAAUCUGGA